ACAGAUUGAACGAGAGCGCUUUGUCAAAAUGUCUGCAACAAUACAAUGCGCUUUUUGACAAUACGCGUACAUGGACUAAUCUAUCUUGUGAAAGCUCGUUAAUACGAAAGUCAUGUUAUCAUUUGAUAAAAACUUUAACGGUUAAAUGGCCAAUUAUUAUUGAAGAACGAUUAGAAUCAUUGAGCACAACAUAUUUAAGCAAAGUCUUUAGUGAUAAAGAUACCAGUAUUCAUAGUGAACUCUGGGAAUCUCUAUUAAUAUUUACUAAAGCGUUCCCGCAGAGUUGGAUGAUUGCCAGUAAGAAAAAGCCUAUGCUGCCAAAACUUUACGCAUUUCUUCGCGCUGGAGGUUAUGGCUCCAUUAGUGUCACCUAUCCAAGCUUACUUGUUUUAGUGGACAGUCUUCCUUCGCAAAUCAUUGCUGCGAGACCUAAAUUUUACGACGAGUUUUUUGGUGACUUUUGGAAGGGUUUGUCCGGCACGGUUAUUGAUCAUACAAAUUCUGGGACGUUUAUAAGCGCUUAUUGUGAGUGUCUUGUAUAUUUUAUUGUAAAACUGAGCAAGACUUAUAAUGAAGCUGAUAUUCUGAAAACGUUAAUAGAAGAAAAGUUUUUCGGGGUUGUUGAAUUGUAUCUUGUUGAUAGUAAGUCUUCUGGCAAAUUCCGGACGAAUCAACUUUGUUCCGCUGUCGCUCAAUCAUCUUUGGACGGAAACAAAGAACUUGAUUUCAGUGUCUACUUCAGUGAAGUCUGCCAAAGGUUGGCCGAUCUGUUGUCUUGCAUUAAUACAAAAACUAUCGAAGUCGGAAAUGACAGAACUGAUGCUCAUUUAAUAGUGUACGAUUUUGUCGAAAAGAUAUUUAUUUUCGCGUUGUCCAAGUCAACGGAGACUAGUGAGAAACUACUCGGGCUUAGUUUGAUUAUUUCUAGAUUGAUUAAAAGCUUUCCUCAAGUGACAUUCGAAAGGCAACUGACAAAAGACGCUAUCGGUACUUUUAUCAGUGAUGAUUUUCAUAGACUUGUGAUUAAUGCACCGGAACCAGUCUUGGAUCAUUUAUUCGACAUUUUUUUGCUGUAUUUGGCGCAGUGUGAUGAUAAGCUGUCAUUACAGAUAUGGAAUGCACUUGUAGAUGUAAUAAUACAGUUGAACGACAGGACAAGGAAGUUGAAUUGUUUCCUUCUUGCCAUUGAUAAGACCAACGGGAUGAAAUUAAGACAGACGCUAUAUAAUGACAAACUAGCUGCAUUCGUAAUAAAAGUGUCCACCGAAUUAGAAGAUGGCGAGGAUACACUCUUGGCCGAAUAUGAGCGUGUUAUAAUUUCUUCUCUAAAGUCUGAUGUGUGCAUAAUAUCGAAGCAAACAAGACAAAGUAUCCUGGAUCGUGUAUCAAUGGUACUUGCCAAUUCUUCGAAGAUACACUAUACGUCCGAGGAUAUUCCAUCAUCCAUGAAAUCGACUACUAUAUCCAUUUUGCGCAUUUGCAAUGCGCUGUUGAACACAGACCAAAACUUUAUCAAGUUUUUGUUUGAAUUUAACUAUGCGUCAAUCAUUGCAUAUAUAUAUGAACUUUCCUUCAUGAAAGCACAUGGUCAAUUGGAUGAGGGAUAUGUGAAUACGGUGGUUGACUUAUCGAAAUCCUCUUGGAAACUAGCUUGUCAGGCGUUGGAACAGAAAGAAAUGUUAGGUGAUAUUAUUUGUGAGAAUGUAUUUUUAUCAUUAUUGGAUAUUCGAUAUGCAUCUAGCCCCCUAGACUUUACGCACAGACUAACGACCUUGAUCGCGGAUUUGUUUGACAACGAACACUUCUACAAACAAAGAUUUGUUGAAAAGCUUCUCAUUAACAACCAGCAAUGGCGAGAUAUUAGUCUCCCCUUCGUUUCACUGCCAGUUGAUUCAACUCUGGCUAUUCUUUAUGAUUCAAUAGCAGUGACACCGACUACUGCUUCUGACCGCAUGCCAAUUAAGGCUAUUCAAUAUGAUAUAUACGGACUAAGUCUAUAUGGAAGGGUUGGACUGUUUAUGAUAGACAUUAUCAAUAGUAUUGGCGUCUCCGAAUUCUUUUUUGGGCAAGAUCUUAAAGAGACACAUACAGCUACCAGUCGUCAUUUUGUUGUACUAGAAUUACUACUAAUGCACAUACUUUCAGAUGUAUAUGGUGCUCAUAUUCAAAGUCCACAUGUAUGGGACGCAACCAGUGUUGAAAGGGGUAAUUUUCAUGGAUUCAAAACCUUUUUAGAGGAGGUUAAUUCAAUAGCAACAGAAUAUGUCAAUCGGCAAAAUCAACACAUGCAGUUUAGUAUUAAGAAUCUUAUCGGACGGUUAAUAACAGGCGAACAUAAUGAACCGGACGCUUCCGUGAACCUAAACACAUUGCUUAUAGAAUCUACUAGUCGGUCGAAAGGAGAGAAAGGUCAUUAUUGGAACAGAGUAUCGGAGAGACUAUGUCAAAUUAUUUUAAAAGAAUCAAACGUACAGACUAUUGAAGCCGAAGAAUUUAUAGAUGCAUUAAUGUCAGACGUGUGCAAAGUCUCUGCCGAUACGAAGAUAGCCUUCAUACUAUCAUUGAAAUCCAUUUUAAACCUAUCUUCCAGGUUUAAAACCUUACAAUGUGAUAUAGCAGGAAGAUUAAACGAGAUGGAAGCGGCGGACAUAUUUGAUAAUAACUCGGAUGAGAGUAAUGGUCAUACACUCUUAUCUCUUUUGGUAGCCACAACGAAGAAGUCCGAUACAUAUUUCCUGCGACCAGAUGACGCUCUAACUCUAAUAAAUACUUUUAGAAAAUGGUAUGAAAAUUACGGGACCACGUCCCAAUAUAUCAAUGCACAGAUCAGUAUAGCUAGACUGCUAUAUUUGAUAGUCGACACUGUACAAGAAUCACCAGGGUUGCACUGGGAGUUUGUAUUUACGCGUAUUGAAAACUGGCUACAGAAUGAUGAGGAUUUGGUUCUUCGGUAUGAAGCCAUUAAUCUGUUUAACAGGUUAAGUGUAUUAAGUGCCGCAGCGAGCAAAUUUUCUGCCGAUAUUGAGGAUGAAUCUGCAGCUCAAUCAGAGAUUACACUAUCAGAUGCAUUGCAUAAGCAUCAACCGACGAUAAGCAAUUGCCUACUCAGUUAUUUAUUACAAGAACGUGCACAUGCGAAUACAAUUUUCUCCAAGCAAUAUUCAGCAUACCUCAAUAUUUUGAGUGAGGCAUGUUAUAAUAUACCAAGGAGCGUCAUUAGAAAGAAAUCAACAGAGUUAUAUGAGUUACUUGAUAUCUCACAUGAAGUCGUGCAGAAAUGUACUUAUAUGUUACUCCGAGACAUAAUCAUUGAGGCUGUAGCAAGAAGGUCUGAGCAAAUGGAAAUCAAUGAAAUCGCCGGAGUCAAUUCGAGGGUUCCAGUGGAAGCAAAGAUCGACGAGGCAUUGGUAUCAUUAAUCAAGCAAGGGCAUGAAAGUGAUUUGAUAAAAGUACUUAGCGGUAAUCGCGAAAUACUGUCGGUUCAUCGCACAUUUAGUUAUUUGCUAUCCGCACUGCUGCUCUUUGAUCACUUCAGGAAUGCCACAUACAAAUAUAAAUCGCAGUUUAUCACAUUGUUGAAAGAAUUAGAUAUAUUAUCAGGAUUCCUACCAUUUAUAUUCCAAGCACUAGGUCUUGUCUCUCCGUCAACACCUUACGAUCUUUCCAAAUGGGAUGUUACCGAAUUCUACGUCGAAGCCUUUGAAAUCGACCUUUUCGAAGAUCUUGGUUUCCCACUCCUCUCCGCUCAUAUCUACCACCUCUCUCUUGUUCACGUUCCAUCACUCGUUCGCAAUUGGUGGACCUAUUGUAAAAAACGGCAACUCACGAUCGCUGUCGAUUCGUACACUGAAAAAUACUUCAGUCCCAUUAUUAUUAAACAACAGCUAGACAAUCUCCAACGCGAAGACGUCAAAUCUCAGCUACAAGAUGAUAAAUUUUCAAUAAGAAUUUCCCGUGGGACCAAUGAAGUCAUUGCCGUGGUAAACGUUGAUGAAAGCGUGACAGAACUGAGCUUACGCAUGCCGGGAAGUUUUCCGUUGAAAUUAGUUGAAGUGGGACGAGCUGAGAGGAUGGGGAUGGCAACGGUUAAGGACUUGGUCUGGGGUAGAUUGCCAGUCGAGACUUUGGUUAAUUCUCAGGAUGGUAACUUGGAAGCCGCGUUGAGCAUAUUCAAACGCAAUAUCGAAAGUCAUCUCGAAGUGGUUCCGGACGUCAAAUUCAACAAGUUGUCCUCUAUGUCGAAGACUGUUUUAAACGAAAAAUGCUUUCAAUUAUUCGCAUUAUCAUUGUUGGGAUUAGAGAGAUUAUAUGCUGGAUUGAAGUAUUCCUCGAACUAA